AUGGGUGCGAUGACGUUUUGGGUGGUGCGACAUGCGGAACGAGAAGACAACAUCAGUUCGGCUUGGCGAACCACUUCAAAAUUGAAGGGCGACAAUUCGCCGCUGUCGAAACGUGGACAGGUUACGGAGGGAUGCGGGACGGAAAUGGACUUGACUUGCGCCAAGUACAAAGGCGAACAAAGUCGAUUACGUCUUGAUCGAUAUUUGAUGAAUUCUCCAGAACGCUUCAUUAGGAAGCCACCACUGCUUGUUCCGGCUAGAAUACAUAUUGUCUCAACAGGGCCUGGAGGAAUUCCGGAGAGAACUGUUGCUGCACCACCGUCCAAUGACAGCAGUAAAGGACUUGAUGGCAUUAACAUCGAACUGAUCAGAUUCGAAGGGCACGAAUUUCGGAAAGCCAUGGCCAUCCGGUUCAGUCAGUACUUGUUUGAAAGAAAAAUACCUAGUAAGUGGAAGGAGUCGAAAAUGGUUUUGCUGCGCAAAAUGGGCGAUAAAGAUGUUCUUAUGAAUUGCCUCCCGUUGAGCUUACUUAUAUUUUGCGCCCGGAUUAUCACUUGCCGGCUAACAGAACAGUCGAUGAACAGCAGCUGA